UUGUCUCUUCGGCCGGCCCGGGGUUGUUUUAGUGCACACAUAGAUGUUCUUCGGGCUGGAAUGAACAAUGGUGCGGCUCCUUGGCGCUCUGGCCGAUGGCAUGCUCUGGUUUCGGCUACUGUUGCUGUGCGUCGUGGAGUUGGAGCUGGGAGCCGGGCUUUCUACGCUCCAGGGUUUUUAUCUUCCACCUGCGAACGGGUCGCUUCUCACACCUGCCCGGAGGACAGACGGGGUCGUGCGCACCAUUGACCGGAUUUACCACGGAGGAGGGAAGGUGGGCUACCUGGUGUACCUGGAUGGGAGCCGGUUUCAGCUGGACAUGGAGCGGGACGAGUCGGUGCUGUCGCAUCAUUUCAGCCCCCAGUAUGUGCUCGCUAUGAUGGGAGAGAGCCCCGCGCCUUUGCAGCUGGAAUGCGUGUACCGCGGGACAGUGGACUCCAACCCGGAGUCCCUGGCGGUCUUCAACCUCUGCGGAGGGGGUCUCGAGGGCUUCUUCGCCGUGAGCCAUGCGCGCUACACCAUCACGCCUAUUAUCAGGGCGAAGGGCCACGAGCACGACGUGCGCGCCCUGCAGGACAAGGACGCGGAGAGCGCGCUCCACGUGUUCACGCGCGAGAGUUUCAGCUUCGAGGCCAUGCGCGAGGGGCGCGAGAGCUGCGGGACGCGCGACGGGCGCAGAGGACGCAGGGAUGCGGCGGGGAAACGCCGGCACAGGGGUCGCGGGAAGGGGAGACGGGACAGAGAGGGGCUCGCAGGGGAGGGCGCAGAUGACCACGGUGCGCGCGGGCGGAGAUGGUGGAGCCAGCACGCCAAAGCGGCUGCUCCGGAGCAUGGCACGCGGCGCAAGCGGUCGGUCUCCCGCGCCCGGCACGUGGAGCUGCUCCUUGUGGCCGACGACACCAUGACCAAGAAAUACGGCAAGGACCUGAACCACUACCUGCUCACGCUGGCCUCCAUCGCCUCCAAGCUGUACGGGCACGCCAGCAUCGAGAACCCCAUCCGGCUGUCGGUGGUGAAAGUGACCACGGUCACCGAGAAGGAGAAGGGGCUCGAGGUGUCCAAGAACGCUGCGGCGACACUGAAGAGCUUCUGCAAGUGGCAGAACCAGCAGAACCCGCUGGACGACGACCACCAGCACCACCACGACGCCGCCAUCCUCUUCACCAGGCAGGACCUCUGUGGCCACCACUCCUGCGACACCCUGGGCAUGGCGGAUGUCGGCACCAUCUGCUCUCCGGAGCGAAGCUGCGCCGUCAUCGAGGACGACGGCCUUCACGCCGCGUUCACCGUCGCGCAUGAGAUCGGUCACCUGCUCGGUUUGUCCCACGACGACUCCAAGUUCUGCGAGGAGCGUUUCGGAGUCAACAGCGACAAGCGGCUCAUGUCCUCCAUCCUCACCUCCAUCGACGCCUCCAAACCCUGGAGCCGCUGCACCUCGGCGACCAUCACCGACUUCUUUGAUGAUGGCAACGCCGAGUGUCUCCUCGACUCUCCUCGCCAGCCCCUUUUGGGCCCCGAGGAGCUCCCGGGACAGAGCUACGACGCCGUCCGCCAGUGUCGCCUGGCCUUCGGCCCCGAGUACACGGUCUGCCCGGGCAUGGACGUAUGUUCCCGGCUCUGGUGCGCUGUGAUUCGUCAGGGACAGAUGGUUUGCCUGACCAAGAAGCUGCCGGCCGUGGAGGGAACACCCUGCGGGAAGGGACGCAUCUGCCUGCAGGGAAAGUGUGUGGACAAGACCCGCAAGAGACACUACUCGGCAUCCAACCACGGCAGCUGGAGUUCCUGGGGUCCUUGGGGUGCGUGCUCCAGAACUUGCGGGGGCGGUUUGCAGUUCGCCCAGCGUCUGUGCAACAACCCACCGCCACGGAACAACGGGCGCUACUGCACGGGCAAGAGAGCCGUCUAUCGGUCCUGCAACGUCACGCCAUGUCCACCAUCAAAUAAGAGUUUCCGGCAGGAGCAAUGUGAGGUGCGCAAUGGUCCCCAGACAGAUCCUAAAGGGGUGAAGACCUUUGUUGAGUGGGUGCCGAAGUACGCAGGAGUCCUCCCGAAAGAUGUGUGCAAGUUGACCUGCAGAGCGAAAGGAACAGGAUACUAUGUGGUGUUCUCUCAGAGGGUGGUCGACGGGACAGAGUGUCGUCCUUACAGCAGCUCUGUGUGCGUCAAAGGGAAAUGUGUACGGACAGGCUGCGACGGCAUCAUUGGCUCCAAGCUCCAGUUCGACAAGUGUGGUAUAUGCGGAGGCGACAGCACAGGAUGCAUCCGCGUGGUGGGCAACUUCACCAAGAAGAGUAAGGGCUACACUGACGUGGUGAAGAUCCCUGCAGGCUCCACCCACAUCAAGGUUCGUCAGCACAAGGCCAAGGACCAGACCCGAUACACCGCCUACCUUGCCCUCCGACGCCCCAACAGCGAGUACCUCCUAAAUGGCAAGUUCAUGAUCUCCACCUCCGAGACAAUCAUCCCACUCAACGGCUCCGUGCUCAACUACAGUGGGUGGAGCCAAAGGGACGAGUGGCUUCACAGCAUGGGUCCUGGGGCCCUCCAGGAAGCCUUGGUGAUCCAGAUUCUAGCGACAGACGCUAAAAAGCCCCUGGAUGUUCGUUAUAGCUUCUUCAUGCCCCGUAGAACAGCCCCGCAGCAGCCGUCAGCUCCCCUCAUCCCCAACUCAAAGUCGACCCCUGUGCCGAGCACGACAACAGUCUCAACCACGACGAGAACCACCACCACCACCACCAGUAGCACCACUACAUCCUCCUUUGCUCCCCCUGUCCUGGUCCCAGGGCCACCUACAGCCCCAGGUCCCUCCACUCCAACCCCAGGGCCCCAAUGGGUGACAGGGUCCUGGAUGACCUGCUCUAGGACUUGUGACACUGGCUGGCAGAGCCGGACAGUGCAGUGUAAGGACCAGGACGGGAAACUGUCCAAGGGCUGCGUGCUUAGCUCCCGCCCCUCUGCCUUCAAACACUGUCAGGUGAAGAAAUGUUGAGCAAAAAUGAUUCGUAAGACGAGGAACAAUUCGUCAGCAGACAUUUAACUUGUACAUCUGAUAAAGGUCUCAAGUGCUGGAUGUAGGACUGUGGACCAGUGAAUUUAAGACAUAGACCCUUAAACAGGACUGUGAAUGUUGGCUGAAAGAGCCUGGACCAGAUACACAGAGACUCAGAGACAGGUUGGCAUGGAUGUACCUGACUAUAUGCCAGAGGGAUGUCCUGGGUUCGCAGUAGCAUAUGAUUAUGACAAGUGUGGCCCUGGCAUAGCUAAGGACUUAAACUGCAUGUCAUUUCCACAUGGACAGUGACUGAUUGUCUUUACUUCCGUCUCCAAACCCGCGGAGGCUUCGUGUGUGUCGCCCUGUAAUGGCAUGCGUGUUGUGUAUUUUUUAUGCUACUCCGUUUGUUCUAAUCACUGUGGGGAUCCGGAAGUCGCACCCCUUUGUCUUUUGUCAUGAGUGUGUCCAAGACAAGAGCCCCAACGAUGGGAAGCACUCGUUAUACACCUUGUUGUAAUUUCUUCUCGUAUUGUAGCCCUGUCCCACGACCACCAUACUGCGCUCCACGGUCCUGGAUUGGCCAGAACCCAAGAACUUGGACAUUUUGGUGACUGAAUGGCUCAUAAAACACUUACUCACUAGUGGUAGGCUAUGCUCAAGAAAAAGUUACUCCGACCAAGAAAGGUCUCUAAAAACAAUACAAAUCAUGCAAGGAUUUAUUGAACUAACUUUGAGCAGGCCUCGGCAGCAGUGCUUCAGUGGUGCCACUGAUUGCCAAAAGGAAUAUUUAUGUGUCCAUUAUUACCAAAUAAAACCGGUCUCCUUAUCUUCUGAGAGGAAAGCCUAACAAUAUUCUCACAGGGAAGAAUUUUACGAGCCACUGAGUGAUCACAAUGUCCAAGUUACAGGAGCAUCGGUAUGACGGUCUUGAAUCAGGGCUGCCCAUAUGCCCUGACUAUAAGCGUUAUGUGUCUUUAUUUGACUGAUCUGUCCGGCUGAAAACCAGAAAGGAGCACAAAGGGAGGGGAAGACUUGUGAUUUCGAAAUGAGGAUGCAUGGAGGGCGAUUAAGCGUCCAACAGUGAGCAGGUAAACCCAGACAUUUGGUGAACCAACAGAUACUCCUUCAGUUCUUGAGAAGCCGAGAGGAAAACCUUCUGACUGUUGACGCAAAGUAUCGAUUGUACUGAAACUGAUAAUCACGUGUCAUGACGGCGGCGUGGUGUGAUGGGAUGGAACUUCAGAGGACAAACUUUUUAAAGGUUAAAUUGACAAAGGGGCAAAGUAACCACGACACUCCUUAACAUUUAUGGAGGUGAAUGAUGACUCACAGGUUUGGGGCGAUGCUUGAUUUGUGUGUGUGUGUGUGUGUGUGUGUUUUUGUGUGCGUGUUGUGUGCUAGCACAUUCAUGUAGCCAGGCCUUUGGUUCAAGCACAUGCAGUGCGUGCCGGGAACGUGUGUUUUUGUCCUCUACUGUGUCUUGACGCUUCUCCACUCCCCAUUUGUACCAAUCAUUAAGCUGGUGCUGAGCCUCCUGAUUUUCCCAGUGGUCGUCAGCAUCUGUUUGUCUGUUUAUCUACUUCGGAAGCAACGCUAAUAUGACAAUGUGUGCCCUGGAUACUCGCAACAACAGCAAGAGAGAUACUAACGCAGCCGUUAAUGUCCUUUUGCAAUUCAGCUCUCUUUGUUUUCUUUCUUUUCACCACUCAUUCAAGAUUUUACUACUUUACACUCGUAUUGUUUUAACCUCUUUCCAGAUGCGUGUUGUUUGACACAUUACAUCAAUACAGAUUGAGCCAGAGGUUGGGUUCUUUUAAAGGGUCGGUUCACCCAAAAUACAAGAUUUCCCACUUAUCACCAGUGGACUCGAGCCAUGCACAUAGUAUUGGUUUUAUAGUUAGUAAAACUUAUAAGUUUUAGUGCCUCCACCUCAGUAGAUGAAUGGGAUUUUUUUCAGCUUUGAAAAGUUUCAUGUGAAAUUUUCAGCAGGAACCAAUGCCUCGGUUCCAUCAGACAAUCCACAGACCUCACUGUCAACAUUGUCUUUGGAGCGACUUUCUACUGAAGAAAUAUUCCCUUUGACAAGGAAGGAGGACAUUGAUUGUGGAAAAUUAUGUCGCUCUUUUGGGAAAAACACAUGCUCGUUCUUUUGAAGAGACAUAGAUCAGAAGGUCGAUACCACUCUCUCACUGGCUCUGUCCAAAGAUAAAAAAUACGCCCACCAACAUCUCUUAAGUUCUCUUAUUAACUUGCCUUAUCUUGUUUGCUUACUGCAUACAAUAAUGGAAGUUUUUGGUCUUAAUGCUAAGCUAACAGGCUUCAUAUUGAACAGACAGAUAUAAGUGGUAUCAAUCUUCUCAUCUGAGUGAAUAAAAAUGUUCAAUGGUGGAUUUUCUUUCUUUAAAUUUUCUGUAGUUUGGGUGAACUCACCCUUUAAAGUCCUCCACCCAAUCUCACAAUAUCAAGCUAUUCAAGCGAGGAGGCAAUUAGAAUGAAGACAGUGUCUGCGUUCCUCAAGACAGAAGCACAGGGGCUUCUAUUUGAGCCAAAAUUCGAAUUCAUAUUUGUGUCAAACGUGCACCUGCUGUGUCUUCCUGUGCGGUAAACCUCACCUAUCUGUGCAGGAGAAAACAAAGCACGAGAGAGGCUCAAGAUACGACAUGACCCAGGACAACAAACCACUCGCCGAACGUCCUCUCCUCUCCCCUCACACGUUCAGAUUUAUUUACGUGAUGUAGACGUUUUUGUACAACGAGUAGAUCGUUCAUAUAUGUGUUCGUAUUCAACCAUAUUUACACAGAAAUGUACACGUACAGACACACACCACUGAAACAAUUCAACAUUUAUGCAGUACUUGAGUUUUUUUUUCUCUUUUUUCAGAAAGACACACACACACACAACCUGCUCUGACUCUUCCAGUGGAGAAAGCCCUCUCGCUGAACGACAGAAACACAGCACUGAACUUGUAAUUUAUUGUUUGUACAACUGGUAUGUGUGAAAAAAAAAAGACAAGGAGAGGAGUUUUAUUUAUUAUAGUAAUUUUGUAUCAAAUUACUAUUUAACUUAGGAAUAUGACUGUGCAGAAUCAUUCCUAUGUAAGAAUAUAGUGUUUCUUUUCUAGUCA